GUUUGAGAGGAAAAUCACGUCUGCAAAACGGAAAGAAUGAGUGCGUUUCGUGGAUAGACGUUUGAAGCAAGCCCUGAAGCUUGAAGUUCUGUCAUGUCAUUUUGGCGCCGCAGUCCUUGCCUCAUCAUCUGCGGCUUCUUCUUCUGGCUUCUAUCUCAGUGUCGCAGCAACUCUUUUUACCCUACCAGGCUCUAUCGACUACUGCAGUAAGAGGGACUAAAUUGCUUUGAGCCUUUGAGAUCCGCAGAGUCACUUUUCCCCAAACUAUGAGGAAAAAGAAGAACUUCUCUAGGAAGCCUGUUGUCAUCAGGAAUCAGAAGCAACAACAGCAGCCGUCUGUGGAUCCUAUUACGGGAAAGAAGAUCCCAAAGAGUUUUGUGUUUUCAAGAGGGAAGUUGCCUGGUCCUCUCAGGCAACUUCAGAUGGACCUGAGAAAGUUGAUGUUGCCUUAUACUGCUCUCAACCUCAAGGAAAAGAAGCGAAACAAUCUAAAAGACUUUCUGAAUGUUGCUGGACCUAUGGGUGUUACACAUUUCGUGAUAUUGUCAAAAACGGCAACUGCACCUUAUUUGAGGGUUGCAACCACCCCUCAAGGACCUACUCUUACUUUUAAAAUAAAUGAAUACUCAUUGGCAGCUGAUAUUGCUCAGUCUCAAUUGCGUCCUCGGUGCCCUAAAGAUCUUUUCAAAAAUUCAGCUUUGAUUGUGCUUUCUGGUUUUGUGAGCGGAGAACUUCCUCUACAGCUUACAACUAACAUGUUUCAGAACAUAUUCCCAACAAUUGAUGUUAAAACUGUUAAACUCUCUUCUUGCCAGAGAAUUGUGCUGCUUAAUUACAACAAAGACACAAAACUCAUUGAUUUUCGGCAUUAUUCCAUAAGAUUACAACCUGUAGGUGUUUCACGCAGAAUAAGAAAAUUUGUGCAAAACCAUCAAGUCCCUGAUUUAAGGAAUCUUCAUGAUGUGAGUGAUUUUAUCACAAAGGCUGGUUAUGGAUCAGAGAGUGAAGCAGACGAUGAAGCAGCAACAGUGACUUUGUCAAGUGACCUUGGUAGAGUUAAUCGUGCUUCUACAAAAAGUGCAGUGAAGCUUCAAGAGGUCGGUCCCAGGAUGACGCUUAAACUAAUCAAGGUUGAGAAAGGGCUGUGUUCCGGUGAAGUACUCUUCAGUGAAUAUGGAAACGAUAGUGGCAAAGGAAAAAAUGAUGACAAGAUGAAGGAGAAUCAAGAUAGAGAAGAUUCAGAAGAUAGUGAAGAUGAAGAUGGAAAUGGCGAAGAUUCAGAGGACAUUGAAGAUGAAGAUGGAAAUGGAGAAGAUUCAGAAAACAUGGAAGACUAGGAGCAUUAACUGAACGAUGUGUUUUUAGUAAGAAAUACGGUGUUUUAUGUAAAAGCUGUCGGGUAUUUUUAUUUGAGCAGCAUCAUAACUAUACGAAGAUCCUACCAGAAAAUUUUUUCGAGCAUUCGGGGUACGGGCAUACAGAACAGAUCCGGUUUAAGUAAGGCUGUGAGCAUUCUGGUUCCUUAAGAUCUAUGAGGAUCAUAACUAUAUUGGGGCUGUCUGGAUUGAACAAAUAAUCGAUUGCAAUGAAAAUUAUCCAAACAACUCAAAAUUUUACUAA